GGGGGGGGAAGCGAAGUCUCUGUGGCGAGAGCGAGGCGAGGAGAAGGAGAAGGAAUCCCACAAUACCAGGCGGGCUGGCUCGAGAGCUUGCGGAGCUCCCGCUGUCUCUUUAAUGCAAGAGGAAGCGAUGCGGAGGGGUGGAAAAUGGCAGAGCUGCAGAUGUUACUAGAGGAGGAAAUCCCUUCUGGAAAGCGGGCUUUGCUCGAGAGCUACCAGAACCUCACCAGGGUCGCCGACUACUGUGAGAACAACUACAUCCAGGCUCCAGACAAAAGGAAAGCAUUAGAAGAGACCAAAGCAUACACAACUCAGUCUUUGGCUAGUGUUGCUUAUCAGAUCAAUGCACUGGCCAACAAUGUGCUCCAACUACUGGAUAUCCAAGCGUCCCAGCUCCGGAGAAUGGAGUCCUCAAUCAAUCAUAUUUCCCAGACGGUGGACAUACAUAAAGAGAAGGUGGCCCGUAGAGAGAUCGGCAUUUUGACAACCAAUAAGAAUACAUCCAGAACACACAAAAUCAUUGCGCCAGCAAACAUGGAGCGUCCUGUAAGGUAUAUUCGAAAACCUAUAGACUACACAGUGCUGGAUGACGUGGGUCAUGGUGUAAAGUGGCUAAAAGCCAAGCAUGGAAAUAACCAGCCUGCGAGAACUGGCACUCUGUCAAGAACAAAUCCGCCUACACAAAAACCACCAAGUCCUCCCAUGUCGGGCCGGGGAACUCUGGGACGGAACACACCUUAUAAGACUUUGGAGCCUGUUAAGCCGCCGACAGUCCCUAAUGAUUACAUGACCAGUCCUGCAAGGCUCGGAAGCCAGCACAGUCCUGGGAGAACGGCAUCCUUGAACCAGAGGCCCAGAACACAUAGUGGCAGUAGCGGCGGAAGUGGCAGUCGAGAAAAUAGCGGAAGCAGCAGUAUUGGCAUUCCCAUUGCCGUGCCUACACCUUCACCUCCGACUAUUGGCCAAGCACACAUAUCUGCUCCUCCUCCUCCUCCUCCCGAAGCUCCACCAGCACCACCAAUGCCCCCACCUCUGGUCAUGGGCAGUGUGAUAGGUGCCUGCUUUUCAGUUGCUCCUGGGUCAGCUCCUGGUUCCCAGUAUGGCACUAUGACCAGGCAGAUAUCCCGACACAACUCUACCACUUCUUCGGCCUCUUCUGGUGGAUUUAGGCGGAAUCCUUCUGUGACUGCCUCGUUUUCUGCUCAGCCUCAUGUUAAUGGUGGUCCUCUCUAUUCUCAAAACUCAAUUUCUAUUGCUCCACCCCCUCCCCCUAUGCCUCAGUUGACUCCACAGAUACCUCUCACAGGCUUCGUGGCCAGGGUGCAGGAAAACAUUGCCGACAGUCCAACUCCACCGCCACCGCCGCCUCCCGAUGAGAUGCCCAUGUUUGAUGACUCCCCGCCGCCGCCACCUCCGCCACCCGUGGAUUAUGAAGAUGAGGAGGCUGCAGUCGUGCAGUACAAUGACCCAUAUGCAGACGGCGAUCCGGCUUGGGCACCUAAAAGCUAUAUUGAGAAAGUUGUUGCCAUAUAUGACUACACAAAGGACAAGGAUGAUGAGCUGUCAUUCAUGGAGGGUGCAAUCAUUUAUGUUAUAAAGAAGAAUGACGACGGCUGGUAUGAAGGUGUUUGCAACAGAGUGACUGGCCUGUUUCCUGGAAACUAUGUUGAGUCAAUCAUGCACUAUGCGGAUUAAGUUAUCUCUUCAGGUCAGGUCUUAUUCAAUCAUGCCAUAAUUAUUUACAAAGGGUAACUAAAAGGUUAACAAUUGUCUUAAUGCUCUUUAAAAUGUGCCCAUCCUUUCAGGCCAUACUGUUUAAAUGGUAUGAUUGAAUGUUCAUCUGUAAGCAUUUGUCUCUGCAGAGUUUGUAAAACGAGCAACUGUUUAUUACUGAUUAUGCUUAUUUACUUAUGCAUUGUUGAUUUUUAUGACCAGCCUAAAUAUUCUGGGGAAGUAGGGUAUAUAAUAUUUAAUGACUCAUGAUUCAAAUUGUGCCAUUAUUUUCUUUUUUCAGUGCAGCAUGGUAAACUAACAACUAUGUUAGACUAACAUUAAAUCUGAUUGAAAAGUCUGAUAGUGCUGGUCAUUUACCUUUGUUUAGACUCUUGCUCAUCCUCAAACUAUAGUAUUUGUUUAAAAGCAUGCAUACAAACUUAUGUAUUGAAUUAUACUUUUCUCUCUCCAAAAAAUCCAAGAUGCUUCCAAUUUGUUGUAAUCUUUUGCCUGGAGUACUCUUUCACAAAGCCUAUUCCAAUUAGUCCAUUUGAGUCUCUAAGGUGUCCAUUUGAAUCAAAGUCUUAUGAUGUAUGUGUGAUUUGUACCUGAGUUUUUUAUGAGUAAAUUUGCAUUGAAUUUUUCCAUUCAUAAAUACAUAAGUGAACCAAAGGUCUUGUCCAUUAAUUUGUUGGCUUGCCUUGCAAAGCAAUACUAAAACAUUGACUUGGCAAAAAUCCCCCCGCCCCUUGUAAGGGACAAUUUUGAUGCAAGUGCAAAACUUAACAUCCUCCAAGAUAGGAAACCAAGUUUCUGCAAGCUCAUGAUGUGUAAAAUUACACAAAACUGUAUUUGGCUUCAUUCAUUGCGACAGUGAGUGAUAACUGCUAGACACUUGCAACUCAUGUCUCUUGUUACUCUUUUAAACAGAGGAUCACAGUGCUAAAAGGCUUAUAGGGGAGUUUGCAGAGUAAAGGAGUCCUGGGCCUGGGAAAUUGCAUUAACAUCUCUUUGGCUAGUUCUUGGAUGCUAGACUUAGCUGGGGAUUGACACACAGCAGAAAUCUGUGCCUAUUUCCAGCUAUCCACAUAUGACCAGAGCUGUCCAGGCUGAUAGUGCUGAUUUAGCAUUAGAUGGGCAAAGUCAUGCCAUCCAAUUGCAUUGUUGGCAGUACAGCUGCAGCACCAGGAAUCAACAAUGCAUUCUUCCCUCUACCCAGUAGUCUUUUACUCUGGCAGUGGAGCUUCCUUAGGGGUGAUUGCCUUUACCAGCUUGGGUGACUGUGGUUAUAAAAUGAAGCCACUUGGCCCUGGUUAUGAGGCUACCAAGUUUUGUUCUCCGAUCUUAACACAUUCCACAACACGCUGAGUUGUGAGGAAACUUAUCACAAGUCACUGUCCUAUUGGCCACUGACUCACUUAAAACGUGGAAGGUUGCAUGUCCUGCUAAAAUGUCGUAGCACUGAAGGGAUUUGCUACUGACUUGUCCACAUCACUGUAUUUAAAGACGGUUGCUGCCACAGCCAUCCACAAAAUACAAGGAGCAUGUGAGCCCAGGUGGAGGCAGAUACUACAGGAGAGAUGAUGCUGGUCCAGGUGUCCUACUGAAAGGAACUAAUCAUAUCAGCUCACGUAGGGAAGGACACAAGCAGUCACUGCCUACUUUGCUCUUCUAAGAAAGCAACACAUGCACUUUGACACCUCCAUUUUGAGCACAACGUCAGGUGACUUUUUUGGUCUCUUUGUACAAAACUUGUAUUACUUAGAUUAUCUAAGGCAGGUUAUGAUUUAGUAAGGGAUUUUUUUUUACUGUAUGUAGUAAAGAUUUAUUUGGACUGAACUGUCUUAAUGGGUAUUAAAAUUAAAUGAUGAAAGAGCAGGUGUACUGGCUGUUCGAGUGGUUACAAUUGUUUUCUAGUGUGGCAUUAAAUACUGAAGCAUCCCUUGCCGCCUUACCUUAAACAAACCUAACUAUAUUAAAUGCUUUCUUGCCUUUUCCUAAUUGUUAAUCUGUUAUUUCUGAGAUCAGUUAGCAAUCCGUAAAACCUAUCUGUAUUCCCUUUAUAAAUUGGAACAUCUUAAAAUUGUAUAUAACCUGUUUAUUUACAAAAAAUGUGCAGUCUUUUUAUAAUAAACCAUACUCCUUUAA